AUGAUUUUCACGAAGCCAAUUCAGAUGUUGCAAUUUCGUGCGGAAAACGUUGAAGAAGCACUACAACGUCUGCUGAUCUCGUCACCCAGCACAAUGGAGCAAUUUAUGCACGUAUUAACCAAGCUUGAACAGACGACUGAAGAGCUGGAUAAGACUUCGGUGUUGAUUAUUGACUCUAUCGCAACGUUCUUCCGUGGCAGUCGUCAUAAGGACGACUUUCAGAAUUGGCGGCGGGUGCUCACAAUUUUAUGCAAUGUGGCCCUUCGUCAUGAUAUUGCGGUAGUCUAUGUGAAUCAUGUAGCUUCUCGAAAAGAUCCAGCUUCCGAAGAAUGGGCCACAUCACCGUUUCUAUCUCGUGUUCUGGCGCGACGUCCAACUAUUAGAAUUUGGCUCGAGCGAACUUCUCAUAAAUCGAACACAUCAAGGCGCAUCACUCUGAUAAAAUCUCCGUUCUCUCCUGAACUUUCAGCGGAGUUCUUCAUCGCGAACUCUGGUGUGUCUCUUGUCGGUGGUGAUCCUUCAAAAAAAUUCAAUAACGGCUUUAGUGAUGCGCUUCUCAGCCGUGCUCUCGGAGCGAGGAAAGUAUUUGAGUCAUUUGCAAGUGAUGGUAGCCCCCGCCCCCGCCGGGCCUUCCAGAUGAUUUAUCAAACACAUCGUAAUGUAAAAAUUUGGCGCGGUCGCAGACAUAAUGUAAAAAACGAUGCGAAUUCUAGGAUCACGCAAGAGGGGAUGUGUUUCGUAGCUACUGAGACACUUCCGGGGCAGGGGAAUUUCCUUAGUGUCCUGAUUCCAUCAAGGCCGGACUUUGAUGCAUUUAAUUUCGUGGGCAUGUCCGAAGAAAGGAAUGAAAUAGUCAUGGAACUCGAUAUAGAAAUAUUCGAGAAAAUCGUUGCCGGAUCUUGUACUCAUCUAAAGAUGAAGCUGCGCCAGAAGCCAGAAGAAAUGGGUGUUUACUUUCCUCCCAUAAAAGCUGUUGUGAGAGUGCUACAAUCGCUCAAAAAUGUUAACAACAAGGAUGUUACACUGAAAGUGAGCAAUAACGGUGAAAUGCAUCUCAAGUGCCUUGUAGAGCACGCAGAAAUCACGAUCUACUUCAACAAUUUGAUGAACGAUACUGUAACAGAAGAGCAGACUCAGGAGCAUUGGUGCAGUGUGAGGUUGCCUUUGAAGAUCGUCCACACUUUCUUCUCUGGAUUCAUGUACAUGGCGCACUUUAAUGUGCUUUUAAAUAUCCUAUCGGACGCCUUUGUAGAGUUCAUCUUACGACAUGAUGGACUUGUGGUUUCGUUCCUCGUUCGUGUGAAAUAA